AUGUCUUUGGCUUAUAUCACAAAAUUUGGGGUUUUUGCAAGUUUACUAUUUACAGGAACUAAACCUUUUACCUAUGCACGUCACGACCCGAAGCCCCAGCUCAGGUUUUUAAAUGGCCCGUCACAAGUGCGGUCAUCGUACGACUAUGUAAUUGUUGGAGCAGGAACAGCCGGUUUGACUAUAGCUGAUAGGUUAACAACAGAUGGCAAAUCUACUGUUCUUGUGGUGGAAAAUGGGGAUAUAGUUGAUUCCCCUAGGAUUAGGCAGGUCUACUCUGGUACUGCGGCUAUGGGCCCAACGUGGUCAUACCAGAUCAAUUCUGUUCCUCAGGUAAACUUGAAGAACCGGAGCACAGCCGUUCUCGCUGGAAACCUGGUUGGCGGUAGCUCAGCUAUUAAUGCUAUGAUGACUGUACGAGGGACAUCGGAGGAUUAUGACCGAUGGGGUGGCUUUUUCGGCAAUGAUUCUUCUUGGUCUUGGGAUGGCUUGCUACCAUAUAUGAAGAAGGCAUUGAAUUUUGUGCCUCCUGACCCAGCCGUGGCAGAGCUUAUGAAUAUUACUUACGAUGCCUCAUACUGGGGUAACAACUCUGGAGUAUAUGCAGGAUGGCCUUUCUUCCAAUGGCCUGGGUUAACCACGCAAAUCGAGGCUUUUAAAGACAUACCCGGGGUUGAAUUUCCCCCUGAUAGCGGUGCAGGAAAGGCGGGCGUGUACUGGUUCCCAACUUUCAUGGACCCUAAACAGGUUCAAAGAUCAUAUGCUAGGACUGGACAUUUUGAUGGGAUUAACAGAACAAACCACGAUAUUGUCACGAAGUCACACGUGACAAAGGUUCUUCUUAAUGAUGGGACGGCCACUGGGGUAAAUUUCUGGCAGAAGAUUGGGAAUGCUACGAUUCAAAAAACUGUCAAGGCGAAUCGCGAGGUGAUCCUGUCCGCUGGUGCGAUUCAUUCUCCGCAGAUCUUACAACUUAGCGGUAUCGGGCCUCGAAAGCUGCUCCAAUCUGCGGGCCUAAAUACGAGCGUUGACUUACCUGGUGUUGGCCAAAAUUUCCAGGACCAUCCGAUGGUGUUUAUGAGUAUAUUGCUUGCAAAUUUCACAACUCAUCCAAGCCCGCUGGAUAUGUUCGGCAAUCCGAAUUUUACUGACUGGGCACAAGAGCUCUGGAGGACUAAUAAGACGGGUCCGUACUCCAUGGGAUUAGGUAAUGCCGCGGCAUGGCUGGGCAUGCCAGUGAUUUCGCCAGAGAGAUUUGAGAGCAUAGCAUCCAAAUUAGAAAACCAGGAUCAUGGAGCUCAGUUACCUGCAGAUACCGACGAGACUGUAAUUGCUGGCUACAGUGCGCAGAUGAAAAACAUGGCGGCUUCCAUUCGUUCCACGAAUACGGCGUUCUAUAACCACGUUUUAUCUGGAGGGGGAUCAUCGGGCUCUCUGAUAGACUUACAUCCACUUAGCCGGGGCACCGUAAACAUUAACACAACCGACCCUUUCAAUACGGAACCUAUCGUAGAUUAUCGAGCGCUCAGUAACCCGGUUGAUCUUGAUAUAGUGAGUGAAACGAUUAUGGUCGAGUUUCUUCGAUUCACCAAGCGAUAUUUCUUUGAGACACGACUGAAGGAGCUGAUCCCUCGACAAGUACAGCCACCCGACUAUGUCAACGAGCCAGAAGACCUGGCCGGCUUUCUGGCCGAAAACCUUAGUCCCUCCGAAUUCCACCCUUCAGGAACGUGUGCCAUGAUGCCGAGGGAGUUAGGUGGCGUUGUCGACGAGAGCCUAAAGGUUUAUGGCGUGAAAAAUCUCAGGGUUGUGGACGCCAGUAUCAUGCCCACCUUACCGGGAGCUAACACGUGCCAGACUGUGUACGCUAUCGCUGAAAAGGUUGCGGAUCUUAUAGAAGCUGAUCGCUAA